AUGCGGAUCGGUGACCUGUUGCUCUUUGCAGUAAGUGCUCGUGGUUUUUUCCUGAGCGUCACGCCCUCUGCACACUACAGCAGUACGAUCUGGAAAAGACACGGCGGCAGAGAAAAAAACUCUCCGCUGCUCCUGCUGCAGCUACCGCCCUCGGCCAGAGCAUCCUCGGACAUACCAGUAGUAGAGAUGGCUGUGGCAACGGCCUCGCGACGCCUCGGGAAAAUAUUUCCCUCCAGCACUGUCUUCUUCGCGUGCGAUGUCCAGGAGCGAUUCCGUGACCUCAUUCACAACAUGCCGGCGGUCAUCUCUACUGCAAAGUUCAUGCUGGACGUCUCGCAAGAGCUGGAAGUGCCGUGCAUCGUAACCGAGCAGUACCCGAAGGCGCUGUUGCACACGGUCCCAGAGCUUAAUGUCGGCAAAGGCCCCGACCAAAUCAAUGUCCCAAUCUUUGAGAAGAAGUUGUUUUCAAUGUGCACCAAAGAGGUCGAGGAAGAAUUGAAGAAAUUGCCGGACAGGAAAGACGCCGUGCUCUUUGGCAUCGAGGCCCACGUGUGUGUCACCCAGACGUGCCUGGAUUUGCUGGACCUCGGCUACGACGUCCACGUUGUCUGCGAUGGCGUGUCAAGCCAAAAACCACACGACCGAGCAGUGGCGCUGCAAAGAAUGCAGCAAUCGGGGGCGUUCUUGACGUCGGCGGAGCAAGUGACCUUCCAACUCCUCCACACGGCCGAAAACGAAAAGUUCAGGGCCGUGUCCAACUUGGUGAAGAAGCGCAACGCCGAGGGUAUAAACACGUUUUCCACAAUGUCCACCCUCUAGGAGAGUCUCGACUACUUUUCGAAGGGAUGGUGCCUUGUAUGUGACCGAUACAAGCCCUGCUGCUGUCUAUGGCUCUGCUGUUCUCGCUCUGCACGGUUCGAGGGUUGUUCGGACUGCUUGUGUGAUGGGGUGAUUGUUGGGCAAAUGCGAUGGCUGUUUCCGGCCGCGUGGUUCUGCCCCUCGAUCGAGGGAGAGAGACACACACACACACACAAAGAGAGAGAGAGAAGAGUGAUAGCACUGGAGAUUUGCUAUUUCAUGUAUGUAUGCAGAAUAGUCAGGCGGGGUAGAGAAGCCAUUGUUUACUGUUUUGCCAAGGUGGACCUGAUGUUCUGCGGAGUAUUCGUCAAGGUGGGGUACCAAGCGCGACAGAAGGCCUCCAAACGUUCCGUCCCUGGACGUCCACGAUUCGCUUUUUCCUGCAGUAAAACCGUAUCACAUGGUGGAAAAAGCGUUCUAAUGUGAGAGCAGGGUAUUUUGAGCGGUAGGACGGGGGGUAAAAUGCGAGGACGGCGUUGGGUGUGGUGAACUGCGUCACGAAGAAAGGAGAAACCCUC